AGAAUGGAGGGUACGGCAGCGAAGAAAGCGCGAGUUUGGAAUCCAGCCUUAGACAACGACGUGAUCAAGGACAAACUCAAUUCCGACCAUGACCAGACUUCAAACAACACGCCCAUCGACUUUUCACGUGCAACCAACCCUUCUUUACCGCUUUUAAUACAGUUAAUGUUCACUCUUGCAGCUCCCUUGUUGCCAAGCUCGUCCUCUUCAUCAUCAGCAGCACCCACAACCAUCUCGAAUAACCCAUUGGUACAAUCGGCAUUGGGAGUGGUGGCAAUGACGAACGAAAACUGCUGUGCAAUCUGUGGCUCAGCUUUCCGUCUUACCGCCGAUCUCGUCCAGCACAUGCGGAAUAAUCAUCGAAGAACACGUUUCAAACGCAAAAACGAAAAAACUUUUGUAUGA